AUGACAGGCCCCGGCCCCGUCUCCAAGCUUCCGAAACCUUUGCCCGUUCAGCGGAGCCCACCUCUCCCACCUUCGCAGCAGCCAACCGAGGCUGCGUCUCGGGAUCCCCUGCCCCUGCCCCUACCUACCCCUUGGUCUGUUUUGCCCCAAGAGCCGGAAAAAGGCAGCAGUUCGGUGCAGCAUGCAGCUCUAAACGUGCCACCCCCGUCUCGGGAUACGGGGGUGGAAACGCACCUCCCAGAGUUUGCCGAGGAGUCCGAGCCGUCCAUGGCUGCAGCCGGCCAUGCGAGCCUGGAGAUGCCAAAGCUUCCACAGAUUCUGCCCAGGGAGGCAGAGAAAGAGGAGGGAGUUUCCAAAACUCAAGAUGCAUCCAUGGCCACAGCACGAAGCGACUUGCCCUCCGAGGAUUUUCCGAGUGGCCCGAGCACGGUGCCUGGGGAUACGAAGGGCGGAGCAACGGUGGGCUCCGAAACUGUCGACGCGCAACGGCUGCAAGGAGGUGCCGUGUCUUCCGUGCAGAGCAGGACGCUUGGCAUGGACAUCCCGGUCCUGGAGGAGGUGCCAUGCGUGCCGGACGAUGCCGGCAGACAAGGCAGCAUGGCUGAGGUUGUCGGCACAUCCGCCAAGUUGGUGGACGACGUCCCAGGUGCGAAAGGUCUGCAGAUGCCGGCACAUCCGAAGAUGACGCCGUCCGAGGAUUCUACCAAGCUCAGUCAAAUGAGCCUUCCCCCGGCCACAGCGACGGCCUUUGCCUCCAGCAGCGGUCCCGAAGCAACCGUGCACCGGCACCCUGCCGAACCGAUGCGAGCCUUGAGCCCGGAGCCCAAGCCCGAGGCGUCGCACCCAGGGGAGCCCGCUCCAAGCCAGACCUCCAUCCCCGAAGCAGCUGGACCACCAAUCACCACGGAUGUUGUGCAUGCGA